AUGGCGGGUUUUCUUCCUGUACAUGAGCGUGCGCCUCUUUAUUCCGUAAAAAAGUCGACUGUAUUGCUUCCCGACGUUUGCUCAUCACCUCCUUUAAACAUUCUUAUAUUUGGUUCUUCAUAUAUAAAACGGUUAGCGGUUUAUUUAUCGCAUUUUAAUCAUGUUAAUUUGGAUUUGGAUCGGCGUGUGUGUCGAGUAACUUGCUGGGGACAUGGCGGUCUGUUAGUCCGCAAUGAUCCGCACGGAAGACUGUCCGUCACGAACUCGAGAUUUUCGGAAAUGGAUAUAAUUAUGCUCCAUCUAGGAUCGAAUGAUUUGUGCGACAUUUUAUCAUUUCCGUCGGUUAUAGCUCGGGAUGUCUUUGACUUCGCUAAAGAUGUGUUGUGUGUUUGGCAUCCCAAGUUAGUUAUAAUAAGCCAACUUUUGCCCAGGCAGUGUGAACCUUAUAACGGCUAUAAUGCCAAGAUUUUGGUUACCAAUAUGGAGUUAGAGGCUCUUUGUUUUUCUGAGAGGUACAUUACAUCUUGGAGGCAUAGAGCUGGGCUCCAUCGGCCCCUUGUAAAUAUUUAUGCUGCUGAUGGUAUUCAUCUUUCUAAUAUGGUGGGAAAUUAUAAAUUAAUGAAGAGUUUGCGUGAUGCUCUAUUGAGGGGCAUGCGUUACCAUCUACGCAUGGUAGUCAGGGUGAUGUCUAAACGUGGAUCGAAGCGCCCAUUAGAUGAGGGUAGUGGUGAGCCGUCAACAUCUGGAUCAUGUCCCAUGUCAACGGCUGAAGACAGAUUGACCGAAAUUUUGAUUAAAAAAUUGAUUGAUAGAGGUUUGGUUAGUUCCAUCCCUACACCUACUCCACAGUCAACUGCCUCUGCUUCAACUACCUCAACUUCAGCUUCUGAAUUUACUGCCUCUACUUCAACUUCAACUGCCUCUACUCCUGGGACAUUUGUACCGUUAUCAACCACAUCGACUGGAAAUAAUCAAUCAGUGUUUUCUGUAAAUGCUGGAGCCUUGUUUCAACCUGCAGACAUUCCAGAUGCUAACAGUGCCAAGUCUGAUUUAGGUAUGUCAAUUUCAAGACAUGUGUCAGAAAAACUUCAGCAGGAUAUAUGGAUGGACAAAUUUGUUGAAUUUUCUUCCUUACUCCCUGGAGCCGUGCCAUCUCAACUCUCUCUAAAUUUUUCAGAGUCAGAUGUUGAACCUGUUCUCAAAAUCACCUCGUCUCAAAAAGCCAGAAUACUUAAUUUAGACCAAUGGCAACAUGCUUUUUCCAUAUUUAUGGACGUUUUGAUUCAAAAAUCACCUCAAUUGACCUCAAGCUUAUUGGUCUACCAAAAUUUGGUUACAGAGUUGGCCCGGCUCUAUGGAAUAAAAGCCAUGCAGUUUUACGAUACACAGUUUAGGAUGAAUAGGCAAUCUUGUCCUCAUCCUUGGAAUCAAAUCCAUGCAGAUUACUGGCUAAGGGCUACCACUUUGUAUGGUACAUCUUCAGUUAAUCAAUCUAAAACUACCAAGAAUACCAAAACUUCUAAUAGUAAUGGUAAUACUUGCUGGGGUUUUAAUUCCCAGUCUGGAUGCAAGCGCACUUCGUGUCGUUUUGCUCAUGUUUGUUCACGUUGUGGAUACACUCAUCCAGCUAUUAACUGUUAUGCUAAAGUACGUAAGAAUACUCAAAAUCAAUCUGAUAGGACUCCACCUUCAGUGGACUAUAAUAAUCAGACUCUAACGUCAGCCAUGUACCCUCCUGCUGUGUCUAAUCUUUCGGAUUCAAUUGUUGCUCCUCCAGCAAACCAGCCAGUUGCAUCUGGUUCUAAUGCUGGAGCUAAGACACCUAAUGCGCAAUCUUCUCGCUAUAUUUUUCGUAAAGCAAGUCCAUCCUCAAGCAAAAGUGCCGACCCCAAUAAAUCCAAGUAG